AGAACCGCACCAGCAGUCAAAAGGGAGAGUGGCCACACCACUUCAGAACGUGUCUCAGGCAGCAAAGACGACACAUAAUCAGCAAGCAUGGAGCUCACUGCGGUCAAGAUAAUCUUCAUGAUUUUGGGCUCCAUUUUGGCUUGCCUCACAAGUAUUCUUAUCUCAAGGUAUCACCUGUGGCAUAAAAUAUUUUUCAAGAUCUUGACAUGGUUGAAACGCAUUAAACGGCACAUGAAGGUGAAAUACAUCAAACAUAACGGCUACAACUUUUGUUAUCUCACCCGAGGGACGCCUGGAUCCCAGCCAUCCAUGCUGAUGCUUCAUGGGUUCUCACUCAACAAAGACAUGUGGUUAGAGACCCUCAAGUAUAUUCCUAGAGAAAUCCAUGUGAUCUGUCUUGAUCUUCCUGGUCACGGGGCAACCACUCGCUUGCUGGGAGAUAAUUACGCAGCAGCAGAACAGGCUAAGCGGAUACAUGAGUUUGUCAAAUGCAUCGGUCUGGACAAAAAACCCUUUCACCUGAUUGGCUUCUCCGUGGGUGGAAUGAUUGCUGGGGUUUAUGCUGCUCUUUAUCCAUCAGAGGUCCGCUGCUUGUCCCUUCUUUGCCCAGGUGGUGUCCAGUAUGAAUCAGGUUAUGAGUUCAUCAAGCACUUCAGGGAGUUGGAGAAAAAUAUCAGUGUGGAAAACAGUCGUCUCAUUUCUUUGACGGAGAGGCAGGGAGAAGAGCUGCUGAAACUUGGCUUAUACCACCCUAGCAUCUCACAGUUGCAGCUUCUUAAGGGAUAUCUCGAUGAUGACAGACCACAAAGGAUGUUCUUCAUUAAAAACUUUUUAGACCUCACCAGCGAGGAAUCCAGGUACAGCCUUCAGGAAAAUGCAAGCAAGAUCAGGGCUCCAACCGAGAUCAUCUGGGGAAAGUAUGACAAGGUACUUGAGGCCUCUGGAGCAGACAUUUUAGCCAAACUCAUUCCUAACUGUCAUGUGUACAUACUGGAUAAAUGUGGACACUUCAUAACCAUAGACAGGCCACAGAAAUCUGCAGAGCUCAUCCUGGAAUUCCACAAUUCAGUGUGUGACACAAAGAAGAAUAACUAGUUGGCAUGAACCUCAUGCGGGCAUCAAGCAGGUGGAGUAUUCCCAGCCAUUUUCCAGUCUGGAAAAACUGUAACUGUAACUGUAGAGGGCUGUAUGGGCUUCCCUUAUCAUGUUGAAGAUGAUGUUGAAAAAAUGGCCUCUCUCCCCUG